AUGAAGGUUGCCUUUGCUUCUGAUCACGGUGGUAGGGACCUUCGCAUGUUCCUGCAGCAGCGUGCAAGUGCACACGGUUAUGAAGUGAUGGAUCUGGGCACAGAGAGCGAUGCUUCAGUGGACUAUCCUGACUUUGCCAAAAUUGGCUGUGAAGCCGUCACCUCCGGCAGGGCUGACUGCUGCAUUCUAGUCUGCGGAACAGGCAUAGGGAUAAGUAUAGCAGCCAACAAGAUGAAGGGGAUUCGCUGUGCUUUAUGCUCUACGGAAUAUGAUGCGGAAAUGGCAAGAAAGCACAACAAUGCAAACGCGCUUGCUCUUGGCGGCCGAACCACUGGACCGGAAGUUGCUGCAUCCAUUCUCUCACGAUUCCUUAGCACGAACUUUGAGGGCGGCCGACACGCGGCGCGCAUCGCAAAGAUCAGCGCUAUGGAAGAAUAA